UGCUCGCGCUCAUGGUCUGGAGCCUGGCCGCUGUCCUGGGCGCCCCUUCGAACGCUUUGCAGGACCGGCCACGUGUGCGAGUGCAAGACGGGCACCUGGUCUUCGAGGCCGCACGAAACAAAAACAUCAGCUUUCAGUCCGGCAGUGGAGGCAUUCUUCUCAAUGGCAAGGACCUUGCUGUCGCCAUGGCCUCGGUUGCGGAGGCCUCUCGAACGCUGGCUCCUUCGGCGACUUCUGAUCAGCUGCAGUCUUUGGCAGACACUGUAGUGAAGGUCGAGGAGCUCCGGCAAAGACUGGACCAACUCAAGACCAAUGUCGAUGGUCUGCGCAACCAGCUACGCCAGACGAAAAGAAACCUAACUCGCAGUCUACAGAUGCCGGUCCUGCGCCUGAAGGCAGCCAUGAGAAGGCUACAAAACAACCUGCGACGGGACGCCUGCAGCUCCAACCCCUGUGGACACGGCGGAACUUGCGUGAGCCGCUACAACGGCUACCUCUGCCUUUGCCCGGCAGGAUGGCAGGGCGGUCGCUGCGAAGAGGACGUGGACGAAUGUGCUCACUUGGCCGGCAGCGACCUAGGUUGCCAGAACGGCGCUACCUGCGUCAACACUCCUGGGGCGUACAGGUGCCAAUGCACCCAGGGCUUCUUCGGGGCCCACUGCACGGAACGCCAAGACGACUGCUCCCUGGCCAGCGCGAGUGCCCUCUGCGACCACGGCACCUGCAUUGGACUGCCUCGCGUCGCGGGACAGCCUGGCUUCCGUUGCCUCUGCGACCAAGGCUGGACGACGGGUCCCGGUCAGCUGUCGUGUUCCCAAGACGUGAACGAGUGCGCAUCUGGAAGGCACUUCUGCUCCAAGAAUCCUCCCGUGGCAUGCCUAAACUUCCCGGGAGGCUUCGGGUGCGGACCCUGCCCGCAAGGCUACUCCGGAGACGGGUACAGCUGCAGCGACGUGGACGAAUGCCUGGUGAACAACGGAGGCUGCUCCCAGAAUCCCCGAGUGGACUGCUUCAACACGAUUGGCUCACGCUCCUGCGGACCCUGCCCGCCUGGCUACGUUGGAGAUGGUGUAACCUGCACCUACCUAGGACUGUGCAACGUGGACAACGGUGGAUGCAGCCCCCUCGCCACCUGCAUUGCCCGGUCCGGCAGUUUCCGCGAGUGUCGCUGCCCGGCGGGCUUCGUCGGCAGCGGCGUCGGACCCAACGGCUGCGUGGCGGCAGCCCCCCGGCCAGACGGCCAGCAGCCCGCGCAGCAGCCCUUCGCAGACCCGUGCAGCGGACAGCCCUGCCGGCACGGCUUCUGUCAGGCGUUCGGCAACAGCUUUCAGUGCGUCUGCGAGGCAGGCUUUUCGGGCCGGCUCUGCGAUCAGGCUCAAGGCGGGUGCACCAGCGACCCGUGCCAGAACAACGGCACGUGCCACAACGACGGACCAACGGGCGUCGCCUGCACCUGCACGCCGGAGUGGACCGGGCCCCUCUGCGAGGAGCCGCGGCAGGCGUGUGGGGGCCAGCUGUACGGUACCAACGGGACGUUGCGGUACCCGGAGACCGGCGAAGCGUACACCCACAAGCGGAACUGCAUCUGGGUGCUGAGGACGACUCGAGGCAAGGUGCUGAACGUCAGCUUCUCAGAGUUUCACCUCGAAGACGGCGGUUCCGACUGCGGAUUCGACUUCCUCGAAAUCCACGACGGUCCGACGUCGAUGAGCCGGGCCCUGGGCCGCUACUGCGGCACCACGCUCCGCGGAAAGAACCUGGCGUCCACGCACGACAGCCUCUUCCUCUGGUUCAAGACGGACAGUUCCGUCACCGGCAUCGGCUUUGCCCUUGACUGGAUCACGACGGAUCCCGUGUGCGGCAGGGAUUUCCCGGUGGCCGACGUCGGGUCGGUGAGCUCCCCGGGCUACCCGGACCACUACCCGUCCUCGCGGGACUGCAUGUGGACCGUUGCCGUGCCUCCCGGGAAGCGCAUCCAGAUCCACCUGGCCACCGUGCAGAUGGAGCACCACCACAACUGCUCGUUCGAUUUCCUCAAGGUGUACGACGGCGCCAGUGAGCGGGACCAGCUGCUGGGGACCUUCUGCGGCAGCGGGGCCCCCGGUCCGCGCCCGGUCCUCACGUCGAGCCACUUGGCCCUGCUGCACUUUCACUCGGACGACUCGAGCACCGACGUGGGCUUCCACGCCACCUACGCUUCCGUACCAGGUGUUCCUGGAUGCGGGGGCGUGCUGUCCCGGGCCAAGGGCCGCUUCACGUCGCCGUCCUACCCGAGCCCCUACGAGAACGGCCUGCUGUGCGAGUGGGAGAUCCGCGCCGCUCCCGAGGAGAGGCUCCAGAUCACCUUCGACAGCUUCACCCUGGAGCAGCAUUCGGCGUGCCGGUGGGACGCGCUCGAGGUGUACGACGGCCGGGACGACAACGCUCCUCUGCUGGGCCGCUUCUGCGGCUCCGCGCUUCCGCCCGCCGUUCUGUCGCACGGAAGCGUCCUCUACGUGCGCUUCAGGACGGACCAGAGCACCCAGCUGCAGGGCUUCUCCGCCAGUUACGAAGCGGUGUGUGGCGGUCACUGGACGUCCCUGCGCGGCGAGCUGUCCUCGCCCCGCUACCCGGAGCCGUACCCGGCAAGGAGGUUGUGCAACUACACCAUCGAGCUUCCCCCCGGCAACCUAGUGCAGCUCGACUGGCAGCACAUGGACAUCGAGAACGACGGACACUGCGCAUACGAUUACGUCGAGGUCUGGGAACCGUGGCGCAACGGCAGUGAGCGUCGAAGGGGACGCUACUGCGGCUCCGUACCUCCGGACCCGGUGACGUCGGCGUACAACCGGCUGAGUCUGCGGUUCCACUCGGACCAUUCCGUUCAGCACCGCGGUUUCCUGGCCAACUACUCGGCGCUGGACAUCGGUUGUGGCGGAGUGCUCAGCGAGCCCGGUCGGCUCCAGAGUCCCGCCAGCGAGAGCGCCCAGUCAGGCUACCGCCACGAGUCCCACUGCCGCUGGCUCCUGAAAGCGCCUCCGGGUCAUACGGUGCGCCUGAGCUUCUCCCAGUUCGCCCUCGAGGAGUCCACAAACUGCAGCUACGACUACGUUGAAAUUCACGACUCCUCGGACGAGCGCGUCGGAAGGUACUGCGGCGGUCGGGCGCCCCCCACCAUCACAUCUACGGGCGAACUGCUGCACGUGCUGUUCCGCACCGACGACAGCGUCGCACGGGACGGCUUCCUCGCCCACUUCGAGUUCUUAGACGGCCGUACCGCAUGCGGCGGGGAGUUCUUCCUCUCGCAGGGCGUGGUCCGGUCGCCGCUCUUCCCCCGCCACUACCCGGCGGAUCGGGACUGCGUCUGGCUGCUCCACGUCCCCGACGGCAGGCAGAUCAGGCUCAACUUCACGCACUUCGACCUGGAGAACAGUACCAUCUGCGCCUUCGACUUCCUCGAGCUUCGGAACGGCGCCCAGGAGACUUCUCCUUUGGCGGGAACCUUCUGCGGUCGUGAGGCCCCGGUGGGAUUCGUGUCGGACAGCAACAGCCUGCGCCUGCGCUUCGUCAGUGACUCUUCCAUGUUCGGCCAAGGGUUCCAAGUGUUCUACGACAGUGCGCUCACAGGAUGCGGCGGUGUCCUCACCGGGUCUUCUGGUAGCCUGAUGUCUCCCAACUACCCUCGUCCCUACGGCCACAACGCUGAGUGCCGUUGGCUGAUCCGAGUCAGUCAGGGCUCCAGGAUCGCCCUCACCGUUGUUGACAUGGACAUCGAAGAGCAGCCGGACUGCGGCUAUGACGCGCUCGAGGUGUUUGACGGCGACUCGGCAAGAGGAGAAAGGAAAGCGCGGCUGUGCAACCUCCAACAGAGGCCCGGCCAUCUUACUUCCAGUGGUUCCACCAUAUUCUUGAGGUUCCGAAGCGACGCAUCUGGGGCUGGAAGAGGCUUCCACGUCGUGUACACGGCUCUGUGCUCGAGCGUCAUCCGGCACCAGCCGCGGGGUGUCAUCGAGAGCCCCAACUUCCCUGCGCCGUACCCGAGCAACGCCAACUGCACCUGGACCAUCGAGGCGCUGUCGGGUCACAACAUCUCGCUCGCCUUCUCCACCCUGGAGAUCGAGCACGAGGCCAACUGCAGCUACGACUACCUCGAGGUGAACGAGACCGACUCCGACGGCCAGACCCGGCAUCUGGGGCGGUUCUGCGGCGAGCCCAGCACCCUUCCGCCACCGAUCGUGUCCUCGCAACCCGUGGUGCACCUGCACUUCGUGACGGACGGCAGCCAGCGGCUCCGGGGCUUCCGGAUCGAGUACGCCUGGAAGGGCUGCGGCGGCACGCUGACCAAGCCCCGGGGCUCACUGCAGACGCCCAACUACCCGCACGGCUACCCGCGCAACACCGAGUGCCUGUGGCACAUCAAGGCGCCUCUAGGGCAGCGGGUACGCCUCGCCUUCGUCGACGUGAACAUCGAGACGGCCUCUGGAUGCCCCUUCGAUUACGUCCGGGUGCACGGCGGUCCUGACUUGACGUCGCCGGUCAUCUCGGAGAUCUGCGCCAGCUCAUCGACCCCGACCGAGCUGAUGUCACACGGCAACGAGCUGACCAUCCACUUCCGCAGUGACAGCUCCAUUGAGGGCAAGGGCUUGCGCGCAACCUACCGCUUCGACACUUCCGGAGCCUGCGGAGGCGUGUUCAGCACGACGUCGGCCCUGCUCAUGUCCCCGGGCUACCCGUCCAACUACGACGCCCAGGACGACUGCAACUGGAGGGUCACUGUGGCCCCCGGCCACGUGAUCAACCUGCAAGUGCUCGACUUCGACAUGCCGCAAAGCGUCAACUGCUCCGAGAGCUACCUGGCCGUGUACGACGAUGUGCGAGACGCUCAGCCGGAGCUGCUGCGCCACUGCGGGUCCUCGCUGCCGGCCAACGUGACGAGUGCGGGCAACAGGAUCAGGAUCCGCAUGAAGGCCUCCGGCUUCUCGGCUGGACGAGGAUUCAAGGCCCGCUACACUAUCGGGUGUGGGGCCACGUUGGAUGCUGACAAGGGCGGCGCCAUCGCCACCAUGGGAUAUCCGUACUUCAGCGGCGACGGCACGUGCAACUGGAUUAUUCGCACGGCUCAAACUGGCGAGCGAGUCACGCUCACGCCGACCCACGUCUCGCUGCCGGAGGAGCACUGCACCCAGUUCAACGUGACAGUGCGCGACGGGGACACAGCAGAGGCACCGCUACUGCAGACCCUCUGCUCGAACCAGGUGCCUCCAAGCAUCGUAUCCAGGGGAGGCGCCUUGCACGUGCACGCCUACCGGGCCGUCUUCAGGGCCACGUACGGAGCCUUCUUGAGCGACUGCGGGGCAACCAUUACAUCCCUGGCGGGCUCCUUCGCGAGCCCCGACCACCCGGACAGCUACCCGCGCUCCAGAGACUGCGUGUGGACUCUGUCGGCCGCCAGAGGGAACAUGAUGUCCGUCAGCUUCAUAUCCUGGGAGCUUGAAGACAGUGAGUUCUGCAACAAGGACUACGUGGAAAUUCGCGAGAAAAACGCCGCAGGAAGGCUCUUCGGGCGCUUCUGUGGUUCCUCACUGCCCGGUAACCUGAGCCUUGCCAAUGGCUUCUGGAUCAAGUUCCACUCGGAUGACGAUGGCGUUGCUGCUGGAUUCCGAGCACAAUUUGAGACCGCCCGGAAGGUUGAGCUUGAAGGAUCGUAUGGCGAGAUCGAGUCACCGCUUUACCCACGAGAAGACGUCUUCGUCGGUUCUUUUGCGUGGAUCGUACGUGUUCCUGACGGCACUUACCCACGGAUCAGCUGGAACAGCCUCUCCAUCUACCCGGAAGACUGCCAAAACAGAUAUAUUCAGGUUCUGGACGGCGUGGAAGAAGGCUCUCCGGAGGUCGGCCGCUACUGCGGUCACCGGGUGCCCGAGCCGCUGCUGCUGCGCUCUUCGGGAGCCCUGAUUCGAUUCGAGCCGAACAACGCCUACGCCCGCUGGAGGAUGCGCUGGGAGGCCGUGAACGCCACCUUCAUACAGACCCUGCCCACUCUCAGCACGGGCUUCCCUUGCGGCGGUCGGUUGGAGCUGGCGAACGCGACGUCGACGCUGAACCUGACGACGCCGGGCUUCCCGUCCCGCUACAGCGAGGGCCUCAACUGCUCCUGGACUCUGGUGGCCCCCGCCAGGCGUCGGCUGCGUCUCCGAGUCACGGUGUUGCAGAUGAGGAACUGGGACAUUCAAGAGUCCUGCAAUUAUGACGUCAUCAGCAUACUCGAUGUUGACCCCCUGUCGAGCCCCGAGCAGCGUCCUCUCGCCCAAUGGUGCGGCCGAGUGAGCUCCCGCGACCUGCCGGACCCCGUGGUAAGCUCGUCGCGCUUCCUGGUGGCCCGCCUGCGCACCUUCCAGAGCGUCGAUGACGAGGCCAUGGGCAACGGUUUCUCCGCCAAGCUGACCUCCGAAUGCGGCGGCAACCUGACGGAAGGGUCUGGACAACUGGCUGACACGGACGUGCUGUCUACCGAGCAGAACUGCCGCUGGCUUCUUCGGUCGGACAGAAGGCGGAAGCUUAAGAUCACCCUGGAACUCUUGGAGAUGCCUUCGCAAGACGGGGCAUGCAGGGAUUCCUUCCUACAGGUGCUCAACGGUGCCGAGCCGGAGUCUCCGCCUCUCGGCCAGGGCAAGUUUUGCGGCUCUUCGUCGACUUUUCCGGAGCUGCCCGAGACGACGUCGCAUCAGGCCACCGUCGUGUACCGAGUCCGAGGUCCCUUUAAGGCCCGUUUCCGCCUCCGCUGGGAAGAGGCGUCGACAUCUUGCGGCGGCCCUGUGGCCCUGACAGCAGAAUCCCCGGAAGCGACGGUGUCAUCGCCGGGCAACCCCCACGGAGGACCUGCCCACUCGGUGGAGUGCGACUGGCGCGUUCAGGGUCCACCGGGCAGGCGCAUCCGUGUCGACUUUCCAGAGGCCUUUCACAUGCCACACGGCUGCCAUGACCAAGAAAGGCCCAAGGACUUUGUGGAGUUCCUGGAUGGCGGCACAGCCAAUGCAGCCUCCCUGGGGAUGUUUUGCGGAAGCGAGCGGGGAGACAGCCUCAUCAGUUCGGACAGCCUGCUGGCCGUCCGCUACGUGCAGACGGGACCUGCAGGAGACUAUCUAGGCUUCAGGGCAACCGUGUCUCUCGCCGAGUGCGGCGGCACGCUGUGGCCCUUCAGCGCCCCGAGCAAGAACCUGCAGCCGCUUCGCGAAAAGCUCUUGUCGGGUGUCGCCUUCGACUGCGAGUGGAUGCUGCGCACCACAGACCAGACGAAUGUGAGACUCACCAUUCAAGGCCUGGACCUUCGCGAAAGUCCGACCUGCACGGGUAGCGACUUCAUCGAGGUCCGCGACGGCAACAAGACCGGAGAGCUGCUGGGACGAUGGUGCGGCGCCAACAUCUCCGCUGAUGUUCAGUCUUCAGAAAACUCCAUGUAUCUUCGCGCUAAGGUCGGAUCCGGAUCACCCCGAAAGAGUCCUUCCCUCGUGUUGCGUUGGCAGUACCAGGUUCAGCGCUGCGGUGGAGUGCUGACUACUCCCGAAGGUAGCUUCUCGAGCCCUGGUUUCCCGGAGCCCGUGACUCAGCGGCGACACUGCCGCUGGAACAUCCAAGCACCCGAGGGCCGGCGUAUCUCGCUCCGCUUUACGGCGGGAGACCUGAGCGACUGCACGGGUGUCGUCAUGAUAUCGGAGAUGGCGCACGUGAGGAACCUGGAGUGUGGCCAUCCGCUCCCCAUGGAGAUCAAGUCGGCCACGUCUCGCCUGGCGGUCUCGUACACGUUCCACCGGCUAGCUGGAGGACACGGGUUCCGCGCCAGCUACAGCACCGACGUCGAACUACCGUGCUGGCACACGCUGACCGAGACCAGCGGGCUCCUGGCGGCUCCCGAGGACUCGCUCAGGUCGGGUGGCCACCUGGUCUGCCAGUGGGCGGUUCCGCUGCUUCGCAACCAGACCCUGGCCCUGACCGUGGACCGCGCCAACGCCACCGCCGCAGGCAGCUGCCAGCAGGAAUACUUUCAGCUCACACGGCGGAUGUGCCGGCACGGCGACCGAGAGGUGAUGGUCCCGGACGACUCGGCUACCACGGUGUACUACGUGAAGAGGCCCCAGGGCUCGGGACAACUCAGCGCUGCGUACCGAAUCAACGAAUGCGGCGGCCGGCUGAGGAUCGCCGACGGCAGCAUGUGGUUCACGAGCCCGGGCUACCCGUCCAACUACCCCGCCAACACCGACUGCCUCUGGGUCGUCGUUCCCGAGGUCUGGGGAACGCAGGUGCAGCUCAACUUCAGCAGCUUCGCGCUUGAAGACAACUGCAGCUUGGACUUCGUGGAGAUUCGCACCGGCAGCAACAGCUUGUCGCCAACGCUGGACAGCUACUGCGGCUUGCGCGGUCCCGGCCUGCUGCAGGGACCGACCUUCUCGCUUCUCUUUCACUCCGACGGAAAAGGUUCGGCCAAGGGCUUCAACGUCAGCGUCUCGGUCUCAGGACUCGCUUGUGGCGGCCUGGUCCACUCUCGGGGAGACCGGACAGUGACGACACCCAACCGUCCGGCCGCCUAUCCGGCCAAUGCGGAGUGCGACUGGACACUGGACGUCCAGAAGGGCCACCGCGCCAGAAUCGCCUUCCGAGGUCGCUUCGACCUCGAGACAACGGCGGACUGCAGUGCAGAUUUCGUUCAGGUGUUCGAGGAGACCGCCGAAGGGUCCUGGACUUCCAUGGGACGCUUCUGUGGGCUCCAUGCCCCGCAGCCCCUAGUAGCACGCACUCAUCGAGCACGCGUGUUGUUCCGCUCGAACGGCAAUGGCCGUCAGGGUGACGGAUUCGAGAUGGUCGUGGGAAAAGCCUGCGGUGACGUGUUCACGGAGCCCGAGGGAACCAUCACAUCACCCAGGUUCCCCGAGAGCUACGCCAACAACCUCAAUUGCUCUUACCUGAUUGUGGUGCAACCGGGAGAUCAUCUGGAGUUGAGUUUUGACGCGCCCACUUUCGACUUGGAAGAUUCGGAAGACUGCAGCUACGACAACGUGACCGUGUUCUCCGGGACGCUGAUGCGAGACCCCGAGCUGGUGCGCGCCUGUGGACGGAAUGCGCCUGGCAACUACACGCUUUCCUCCUCCGCCUUGGUCAUGUUCCGCAGCGACUGGAGCAUCGGUGGCAAAGGCUUCCGACUCCACUACCGCAUAUCACACUGCGGCGGUAACCUAACCGGGGAGAGCGGUCACUUCGGCUUGCCGUUGGAGGGCGUCCCUUCACGAGGCCGUUGCCGCUGGAACAUUCGAGUGGCUCCAGAACGCGUGGUCGAGCUCCGGCUGGAUAUGCUCGACGUGGGCUGGGGCAGCCGGGUGCAGAACUGCUCGCAGGACAACGCGGCCACGCUGCUGCGAGUGCUCGACGGGGACGCCGACGACUCUCCCGCCAUCUACCAGUACUGCGGGCGCUCCGCCAGCUCUCCAGUCGCGAAGAGCACGGGCAACACCAUGACGGUGCUGCUCGAGAGCUUCACCGAGUAUCCUGGCGGGACGGGCUUCAGGGCUUCUUACCGUAGCAGCCUCGGGCCCCUACAGGGCUGCGGCGGCACAGUCCACCAGGCGUCAGGCUCUCUGAGCGCACCCAAGAGAACCGGUUACGUGGGCCGCCUGGACUGCGUGUGGACGCUGGUGGCACGCUCGGGCUACGGCCUCGAACUGAACGUCACUGCGCUCGCGCUGGGGAACGCCUCGACGCCAUGCGGCGAUUUUCUCGAGGUCUGGGACAGCCUGGACGACCGACACGAGCCCAUGGUCCGUCUCUGCGACCGGCCCCCGGCGCUGCUUCUCUCGGCUGGCAACGCGAUGUUGGUGCACCUAUCCAGCGCAUACCAGGACACGGCCUUCAGCGCGCUCUUCCGGGAGAUUCCACCCGUGUGCGGAGGCACGUUCAACGUGACCGGCUGGCAGGAGCUGCGCAGUCCCGACUACCCUGCCGGAGCUCCCGCCGGCUUGCGCUGUCUGUGGACGUUGCUGCCCACGGAGGGUAGCACCAUGAUGAUGCGCAUAGACGCAUUUUCACUACCUUGCGACCACUCGGCGGCACUCACCAUCUUCGAGUCAUUCGAGGGGAGCGACGUGCCGAAGCCACCGCAGCGACUGUGCGGUUCCAGUGCCCCUCUGGAGAUCGUACAGACCCACUCGGUGUGGGGCGUCGUCAAGCUACUCCUUGACACAGGCACGGUCCAGGCAGAGUCCAAGCUGGCCGUGAAAUUUGGUCUCGAUGAUGGCCACAAUAAGACGUACCGCCUAGCCAGCGGCGUCAUCAUGAACACCGACUACCCGAACUGGUCGUCGCUAAUGAAGCCUGUGACGAUCACCGUGGCUCCAGAGGGGCUGCCCGCCGGCACCACACUGGCGCUCUAUUUCGUCCGCUUCCACGUGGGCAACUUCAUCAACGACAGCUGCCCUCACACGCUGAUGCAGGUUCGUGACGGUGGCCCCGGAGCCCGCGUGCUGGCUUCCGUGUGCGGUGACGUGAGCCCGAACCCCGUGUUUUCCACCGGCGAUCGGAUCACCGUGACGGCACGCAGUAGCUACUCCAACUACUUCGUCAAGUUUCUGUUGGCGUACAUGAGCAGCGGGGAAGGAGGCUGCGGCGGCAACCUGACGGCCUCUGAGGGCGCCCUGUCGAGCCCGGGCUACCCGCAGCCUCCGAAGAAGCGCGCCUGCUCCUGGUUCCUGGCGGCGCACAAGGGAGCGGUGCUGUCGCUUCGCUUUCAGAGCUUCUCGCUGAUGGGCGGCAACUGCAGCACCAACUACGUGGACGUCUUCAGCGGGCACAGGGAGUUGGCUGAGGAGAGGCUCACGCGCCUGUGCGGGCAGGACCGGCCUGCUGUGAUCGAGUCCUCGUCGGAAAGGAUGCUCGUCAAGAUGUCCACCGACGAGCACAACGACGGUCUCGGGUUCUACGCCAGGUUCACGUCACGGGACGUCGAUCAGCGCAGCCAUGUGGGCUUCGUUUCUUCGGCAUCGCCAAACCUCUAGACGCUUGGACAAGGCGGCUGACCCUUCUCCUGACAGGGCACGCGUCAAACUACUCAUUUCUUUUCUUUUUUUGUCACCCUUUUUCCUAACAUUAAAGGCAACAUUAUCUCCCAUGGCGCUGUAGGUAGAACAUUUUCGAAUAUCGUGCCGCAAUAUUUGCCUGCCUGCAAAUCAGGACAGACAAAUCAAUCCGAAAGUUCCGCCGCAGUCGAUAACGUACAUUUACCGAACAAAAUCGUUCGUACUUUCAAGUGCCUUUUUUAGUUAUUUUCAGUCUUAAACACAGCCUGCAUCAGUUUUUGUUGUUAACAACCCAACCAAUUCGCAUGAACAAAAACUCUACACUUCUACAAAGAUUUCUGCCUCUGCUGGGGCAUCGACUUUUGGCAUCCCGGAAUUCCUGGAGUUAAUGAAGAGGACACGCUAAUUCUAGUAACCUGGGCCAUUCGACGCCACCAUCGUCGCCCUUCUUACCUACUGCCCUGCAUGGCAGAAACUAUGAAACUAAAUAUGCUGAAUUAUUCAAAUUGCGUCGCAGCAUUCAUUCUUUUUCGGUGCGCGUAACUCAUUUUACGAAUCCAAAUUACUGGGAACGGGUCCUCCUAUUGGACCAUAUGGCUAUCUUCAAACAGUUUCGUUUUCAACGUGUCGUCUAGUUUUAAAACAAAUUGAAUUGAUUAGAAUGACUGUAUAUUUAAAGCGGUAUGUAAAGAACAAUUUAUGAUGUUCUCCGUGUGCAUGUUGGAAAUUGAAUGCUGAUGCUGUUGCAUUUUUGUUUGUUUUUUUUCUAAAUGCUCAUUCCUAUUUAAUUUACAAAUAGCUCUAGGACGAGGACAGACGAAGAAGUGGACAUUUGUAAAUUAAUUAUGUAUAACCAACUAGCCCGCCAGAAUAUUUUAGCUCAUUCCUAUUAUUGUUCCCGCUGCGGGGCUGAUAGUAUUGUCAAAUAAAUAAAUGAAUAGUUCUCGGGUAAUAAAAUUGCUUGCAAACCUGUCAAA